UCCCGCAGCGCUGCCUGUUCCCUUACCCUCAGUGUGAGUGUUACCCUCCGCUGUCCCCCUGCUUCCUGCUGCUUCUGCUGCUGAUGGCAAUCAUGGACCCGGCCGCCGAUCUGGCGAAAGAGUUGAUCCCCCCUCUCUCCCCCAUCCCCUCCCCUCCCCUCCACCACACAGAUUCAGCAGACCCCUCAGACAGACCAGUCCACGCCGCGCCCGACUCUGACAGCGAGCCCCCUGCUAAGCGCAUCAAAUCCGACGCAGACGAGACCGCGACCACAGACAACACACAGACGACACAGCCAGAGCCGGCCACUGCUCCCAUCGCCACUCCUUCUGCAAUUACUACCACAGAAAAUGAAGUCGCUGCUCCUGAACCAGCACCAGCACCGGCUUCUGCCGCGCCUGAGCCUGCGCUAGCUUCUACACCAGCACCAGCUCCCUCCGACGCCACCCCUGCCUCCGUCAACCCCAUCUCCUCUCCCGCUCCUACACCAGUACCCCCCGGCACUACUCUCCCAAAACACCAGACAAAAUACGCGCACUCCAUGCUGCGGUCACUCAAACGGCUCAAAGACGCAUACCCCUUCCUUGUCCCGGUCGAUCCUAUCAAGCUCAACAUUCCCGACUACUUGAACGUCAUCACAACUCCGAUGGACUUGUCGACAAUGGAAAAGAAACUCACAUCGAGCCAGUACGCGACCAUUGACCAAUUUGUGACUGACUUUGAGCUGAUUGUCAGCAACUGCAUUCGGUACAACGGCCCAGAGUCAAAGAUCGCCGAGAUGGGCCGCAGUCUCAAGACGUCGUUCGAGCGUCAGCUCAAGCAGAUGCCGCCGGCUGAGGUCAAGCCGGAUGCUAGCGGAAGCGGCAAGCGCAAGAAGAGUCUGCCAAAGGACGGCACGACGGAGCAGGCGUUUGCGCUGACUCCGUCUGGAAUCCCAAUCAUCCGCCGUGACUCUACCUCGGCCGAGUCUGGCCGGCCGAAGCGCGAGAUCCACCCGCCAAAGCCAAAGGACCUGCCCUACAGCGAGUCCAAGCCUCGGCGGAAGAAAUACGCUGCCGAGCUGAAGUUUUGCUCGCAGGUGUUGAAGGAGUUGCAGAGCAAGAAGUACGAGGCGUUUUCGUACCCGUUUCUGUUACCGGUUGACCCGGUGGCGCUGAACUGCCCGUCGUACUUCAAGGUGAUUAAGAAGCCGAUGGACCUGAGCACGAUCCAGGCCAAGCUGAACAACAACGAGUACGAGACCGGCGACGAGUUUGAGGAAGAUGUGCGGCUGAUGUUCCGCAACUGCUACAAGUUCAAUCCGGAGUCGUCUCCGGUGAAUGCGAUGGGACACCGGCUCGAGAUGAUUUUCGACAAGAAGUGGGCCGAGAAGCCAGCGCCGCCUCCGGCGCGGGUGACGGAGUCGCCGAUUGAAGAGUCGUCAGAGGAAGAGAGCGAAGAAGAAGAAGACAACAGUGACCAGAUCAACUUGCUCGAGCAGCAGCUGAUGGCUAUGCAGAGCCAGCUGCUGAUGAUGAAGAAGGCCAAGAAGGAGGCGAGCAAGAAGAAGAAGAAAGAGUCGUCAAAGAAGAAGACGUCGACAAAGAGGAAAGGAAGCAAGGGCGCGGCUGGGUCGACGGUGCCGGUUCCGCAUGUGUCUUACGACAUGAAGAAGGAGCUGUCGGAGAAGAUCAUGGAGCUGUCGGCGCCGAAGCUGCAGCACGUUGUGAAGAUGAUUCAGGAGUCGAUGCCGCAUCUGAAGAACGCGGAGCAAGAAGAGAUCGAGCUGGACGUUGACCAGCUUGAUCCGUUUACGCUUGUGAAGCUGUACAAUUAUGUGACGAAGAACACACCUGGUGCUACGGUGAAGCCGUCAGCGUCGGUGCCUGGGUCGUCAGGGACAGCGGGUGCGGCGGGGAAGAGCAAGAAGAAGGAUCAGAAGAAGAAGCUUGCUAGUCUGGAGAAGCAGAUUAAGACUAUGCAGAAUUCGGAUUCGGAUGACUCGUCGUCGUCGUCAGAGGAGGACUCAGACGAGUCGAGCUCGGAGGAGGAGUAGCUAAUUGUAUUGAAAGAAAUGCAAUCUGUAUAUUUUUUACUAUUGAAAUUUGUUUUUGUGUUGAUGUUUUUUUAUAUUCUAUAUACAUAGUGUAUUGAGUGCUUGGGUGUCUUUCUUUCAUAUUACUAAUAUUUUUCUAUUUUAUCUUGUUUUCUUUCUGUUUGUUAGUUUGUGAGAUAUAGUAAGCUAGCAGGGAAGGAGAAGGAGAGUGUACGAUAAUACCAAUGGAGGCGAGAAUUACCAGACGAGAAGAAGCAGAGAAGAGAAGGCGAUGGAGGUGGGGAGAGGCUCGGAAGGUUGUAGGCCGAGCGCAGGAGCGCAGCAGCCACGGGCUUCACUCGCCCGCCCGCGUGGGAGCUGCGAGUUAAAUAAGACUUGCGCUCUCCGCCACUUUUUCCCUCUUC